CUGAGCCCCUGGCUGGGGAAUAGCUGGCGGGAGCCUGGGGGAGUGGCUGUGGCGGCUGGUGGUGGCCGCGGCGGCCGGCGAGCCCGGGACGCCCGAGCCUGCCCCGAGCCUCGGCGGAGCGGAGCGGCCUGGGUGCUCCCGUGUCCCGCUCGGUCCCUGCUGCACCCCGCCGCCUAGGAGCCCGGUGGACGGCGGCUCCCGCGGCGGCUCCGGUAUGACUCGGCGGCGCUCCGCUCCGGAGUCCUGGCUGCUCCUGUCGCUGCUCGGUGUUGCAGUGUCCCUGGAAGUGUCCGAGAGCCCUGGCAGUAUCCAGGUAGCCCGGGGCCAGACAGCAGUCCUGCCAUGCACCUUCUCCACCAAUGCUGCUCUCAUUAACCUCAAUGUCAUUUGGAUGGUCAUUCCUCUUUCGAAUGCAAACCAGCCUGAGCAGGUCAUUCUCUACCAGGGUGGACAGAUGUUUGAUGGUGCCCCCAGGUUCCAAGGGAGGGUAGGAUUUACAGGCACCAUGCCUGCUACCAAUGUCUCCAUCUUCAUCAAUAACACUCAGCUGUCAGACACGGGCACCUACCAGUGCUUAGUGAACAACCUUCCAGAUAGAGGGGGCAGGAACAUUGGGGUCGCUGGCCUCACAGUGUUAGUCCCCCCUUCUGCUCCACACUGCCAAAUCCAAGGAUCCAAGGACAUCGGCAGCGACGUCAUCCUUUUGUGUAGUUCAGAGGAAGGCAUCCCUCGGCCCACUUACCUCUGGGAGAAGUUAGAUAAUACGCUCAAGCUACCUCCAACGGCCACUCAGGACCAGGUCCAGGGAACAGUCACCAUCCGGAAUAUCAGCGCCCUGUCUUCAGGUCUGUACCAGUGUGUGGCUUCUAAUGCCAUCGGGACGAGCACCUGUCUCCUGGAUCUCCAGGUUAUCUCACCCCAGCCCCGAAGUGUUGGAGUGAUAGCUGGAGCUGUUGGCACUGGUGCGGUUCUUAUCAUUAUUUGCAUUGCACUAAUUUCAGGGGCAUUCUUUUACUGGAGAAGCAAAAAUAAGGAGGAGGAGGAGGAAGACAUUCCUAAUGAAAUCAGAGAGGAUGAUCUUCCACCUAAAUGCUCUUCUGCCAAAGCAUUUCACACAGAGAUAUCCUCCUCAGAGAAUAACACGUUGACUUCUUCCAAUACCUACAACAGUCGAUACUGGAACAACAAUCCCAAAACCCAUAGAAACACAGAGUCAUUCAGCCGCUUCAGUGACUUACGCCAGUCUUUCUCUGGCAAUGCUGUUAUCCCAUCCAUCUAUGCAAAUGGGAACCAUCUGGUCUCUGGUCCACAUAAGACUCUGGUAGUGACAACCAACAGAGGGUCAUCACCCCAGGUCAUGCCCAGGAACAAUGGUUCAGUCAGCAGGAAGCCUUGGCCUCAGCACAUGCACUCCUAUACUGUCAGCCAAGUGACCCUGGAGCGCAUGGGUGCAGUGCCUGUCAUGGUGCCUGCCCAGAGUCGGGCAGGAUCCCUGGUGUAGGAUGUUUGAGGAUGCUGUGUUCAGAAGAGAAUAAAUGGAAUACCUCCGAACAAGGGGGAGAGUGGGGGUGGGUGAGUGCUGGAAAGAUAUGCCUUUGUACGAUUACAUUAGUAAAAAGCAUCAAGAAGGUGGUGCUAUCACCUGGCCACUGUGAUGUGGCCUGGAAUAUUCUGUCAUGAAGACUCAAGAAGACUGUUUCCCCACCACAGUUAUCCUGGGAGUCAU